UUGCGACGCAGCGCUCAAGGCGCCUGCGCAGACCCUGAAAAGCGGCCUGGUUAGUCCUGAGCCUUCCUUUUCCGGUUGUGGAACCGCGCGGUGAGGAUCCUCGGUCCACGCCCGUCCCCAUGCCGUCCAAGGGCCCGUUGCAGUCCGUGCAGGUCUUCGGACGCAAGAAAACGGCCACAGCCGUGGCGCACUGCAAACGCGGCAAUGGCCUUAUCAAGGUGAACGGGCGGCCCCUGGAGAUGAUUGAGCCGCGCACGCUCCAAUACAAGCUGCUGGAACCUGUUCUGCUUCUGGGUAAGGAGCGGUUCGCUGGUGUGGACAUCCGUGUCCGUGUGAAGGGUGGUGGUCAUGUGGCCCAGAUUUAUGCUAUUCGUCAGUCCAUCUCCAAAGCCCUGGUCGCCUAUUACCAGAAAUAUGUGGAUGAGGCUUCCAAGAAGGAGAUCAAAGACAUCCUCAUCCAGUAUGAUCGGACCCUGCUGGUAGCUGACCCCCGUCGCUGCGAAUCCAAAAAGUUUGGAGGCCCUGGUGCCCGUGCUCGCUACCAGAAAUCUUACCGAUAAGCCCAUCACGAGGAUCGGGGUUCACCUGUAUAAUAAAAAAUGGUUGUAGGAUUUUAAGGUUUUAA